UUGCUGGCGGGGUCGCUGUCCUCCGCGGCCAACCGGCCCCUGACUGAGCUCGGCGGAGCGCGAGCAGCCGAGCAGCCGGGCGCCGCCGCCGCCGCCGCCGCCGCCGCGGGGCCAUGACCGUGGAGCAGAAUGUGCUGCAGCAGAGCGCGGCGCAGAAGCACCAGCAGACAUUUUUGAAUCAACUGAGAGAAAUUACUGGGAUUAAUGAUACCCAGAUACUGCAGCAAGCCUUGAAGGAUAGUAAUGGAAACUUGGAAUUAGCAGUGGCUUUCCUUACUGCAAAGAAUGCCAAGACCCCUCAACAGGAGGAGACAACUUACUACCAAACAGCACUUCCUGGGAAUGAUAGAUAUAUCAGUGUGGGAAGCCAAGCAGAUACAAGUGUGAUUGAUCUCACUGGAGAUGAUAAAGAUGAUCUUCAGAGAGCAAUUGCCUUGAGUUUGGCGGAAUCAAACAGGGCAUUCAGGGAGACUGGAAUAACUGAUGAGGAACAAGCCAUUAGCAGAGUUCUUGAAGCCAGCAUCGCAGAAAAUAAAGCAUGUUUGAAGAGGACACCCACAGAAGUUUGGAGGGAUUCUCGAAAUCCUUAUGAUAGAAAACGACAGGACAAAACUCCUGUUGGGCUAAAGAAUGUUGGCAAUACUUGUUGGUUUAGUGCUGUUAUUCAGUCAUUAUUCAAUCUUUUGGAAUUUAGAAGAUUAGUUCUGAAUUAUAAACCUCCUUCAAAUGCUCAAGACUUACCUCGAAACCAAAAGGAACAUCGGAAUUUGCCUUUUAUGCGUGAGCUGAGGUAUCUGUUUGCACUUCUUGUUGGUACCAAAAGGAAAUAUGUUGAUCCAUCCAGAGCAGUUGAAAUUCUUAAAGAUGCCUUCAAAUCAAAUGACUCUCAGCAGCAAGACGUGAGUGAGUUUACACAUAAAUUAUUAGAUUGGUUAGAAGACGCCUUCCAAAUGAAAGCUGAAGAGGAGACGGAUGAAGAAAAGCCGAAGAACCCCAUGGUAGAAUUGUUCUAUGGAAGAUUUCUGGCUGUGGGAGUGCUUGAAGGUAAAAAAUUUGAAAACACUGAAAUGUUUGGUCAGUAUCCACUGCAGGUCAAUGGAUUCAAAGAUCUGCACGAGUGCCUAGAAGCUGCAAUGAUUGAAGGAGAAAUUGAGUCUUUACAUUCAGAAAAUUCAGGAAAAUCAGGGCAAGAGCAUUGGUUUACUGAACUACCACCUGUGUUAACAUUUGAACUGUCAAGAUUUGAAUUUAAUCAGGCAUUAGGAAGACCUGAAAAAAUUCACAACAAAUUAGAAUUUCCCCAAGUUUUGUAUCUGGACAGGUAUAUGCACAGAAACAGAGAAAUAACAAGAAUUAAGAGAGAAGAGAUCAAGAGACUUAAAGAUUACCUCACAGUAUUACAACAAAGACUAGAAAGAUAUUUAAGCUAUGGUUCAGGUCCCAAACGAUUCCCAUUGGUAGAUGUUCUACAGUAUGCACUGGAAUUUGCUUCAAGUAAACCUGUUUGCACUUCUCCUGUUGAUGAUAUUGACGCUAGCUCCCAACCUACUGUUUCCAUACCAUCACAGACGUUACCAAGUGCAACAGAACAACAGGGAGCUCCUUCAGAACUGCCCAGCACAUCACCUGCUUCAGUUGCUGCCAUUUCAUCAAGGUCUGUAAUACACAAACCAUUCACUCAGUCUCGGAUACCUCCAGAUUUGCCCAUGCAUCCUGCACCAAGGCACAUAACAGAAGAAGAACUCUCUGUACUGGAAAGCUGUUUACAUCGCUGGAGAACAGAAAUAGAAAAUGACACAAGAGAUUUACAGGAAAGCAUAUCCAGAAUCCAUCGAACAAUUGAACUAAUGUACUCUGACAAAUCCAUGAUCCAAGUUCCUUAUCGCUUACAUGCUGUGUUAGUUCAUGAAGGCCAAGCGAAUGCUGGACACUACUGGGCAUACAUUUUUGAUCACCACGAAAGCAGGUGGAUGAAGUACAAUGAUAUUGCUGUGACAAAAUCAUCAUGGGAAGAGCUAGUGAGGGACUCCUUUGGUGGUUAUAGAAAUGCCAGUGCUUACUGUUUAAUGUACAUAAAUGAUAAGGCGCAAUUCUUAAUACAAGAGGAAUUUAAUAAGGAAACUGGACAGGCCCUUGUUGGAAUAGAAACAUUACCACCAGAUUUGAGAGAUUUUGUUGAGGAAGACAACCAGCGAUUUGAAAAAGAAUUGGAAGACUGGGAUGCGCAGCUUGCCCAGAAAGCUUUGCAGGAAAAGCUUUUAGCAUCUCAGAAGUUGAGGGAAACUGAGUCUUCUGUGACUACAGCGCAAGCAGGAGAACCAGAAUAUCUAGAGCAGCCAUCGAGAAGUGAUUUCUCAAAGCACUUGAAAGAAGAAACUAUUCGAAUAAUUACCAAGGCAUCACAUGAGAAUGAAGAUAAAACUCCUGAGACAGUUUUGCAGUCGAAACCUGAAAAUACCAUAAGUCAACCACCUUCCAACCAGCAAGUUGUAGAGGUGGCGAUUCCUCAUCUAGGGAAAUUUAUGAUUGAAUCAAAGGAGGGGGGGUAUGAUGACGAGAUGAUGAUGACCCCAAGUAUGCAAGGUAUUAUCAUGGCGAUAGGUAAAUCCAGGAGUGUGUAUGACAGGUGUGGCCCUGAAGCAGGGUUCUUUAAGGCAAUUAAAUUGGAGUAUUCAAGAUUGGUUAAGUUGGCCCAAGAAGACACCCCACCAGAAACAGAUUAUCGUUUACAUCAUGUAGUGGUCUACUUUAUCCAAAACCAGGCCCCAAAGAAAAUCAUUGAGAAAACAUUACUAGAACAAUUUGGUGAUAGAAAUUUGAGUUUUGAUGAAAGAUGUCACAACAUCAUGAAAGUUGCUCAAGCCAAACUGGAAAUGAUAAAACCCGAAGAAGUAAACUUAGAGGAAUAUGAGGAGUGGCAUCAGGAUUAUAAGAAGUUCAGAGAAACAACUAUGUAUCUCAUAAUUGGACUAGAAAAUUUUCAGAGAGAAAGUUAUAUAGAUUCCUUGCUGUUCCUUAUCUGUGCUUAUCAGAAUAACAAAGAACUCUUGUCCAAGGGCCCAUACAGAGGACAUGAUGAAGAGUUGAUAUCACAUUAUAGAAGAGAAUGCUUACUAAAAUUAAAUGAACAAGCUGCAGAACUCUUUGAAUCUGGAGAAGAUCGAGAAGUAAACAAUGGUUUGAUUAUUAUGAAUGAGUUUAUUGUUCCAUUUUUGCCCCUGUUACUGGUGGAUGAAAUGGAAGAGAAAGAUAUACUUGCUGUAGAAGACAUGAGGAAUCGAUGGUGCUCCUACUUAGGACAAGAAAUGGAAUCAAACCUCCAAGAAAAGCUGACAGAUUUUCUGCCAAAACUGCUUGACUGUUCUACAGAGAUUAAAGGUUUCAAUGAGCCGCCGAAAUUACCUUCAUAUUCCACUCAUGAACUCUGUGAGCGAUUUGCCCGAAUCAUGUUGUCUCUCAGUCGAACUCCUGCUGAUGGAAGAUAAACCGCACACACUUUCUCUAAACACUGUAUAAACUUUUUUAGUUCUUGACUCUUGCCUUCCUAUCACAGGAUUUGCUUGUUGCUGCUAUAGUUUUUAACUUUUUUUAUUUUAAUAACUGCAAAAGACAAUGACUAUACAAACUUUAACUAGACUUCACACAGUAAAGCUGAGAAUCGCAUGGCGCUCAGACUUUGUUUUAACGAGAACUGAUAUACUAUUAUAAAUCUGAUUGAUUUUAUUACGGCGGCAAAAUUAUUCUUUUGCCACCUUUCUGUUACAGUAUUACUUUGCUUUUAUCUUUUCUUUAUCAGCAGCUUUCCAUUCAGUCUGGAGUCUUCCAUGACUAUAGCCAUUUAAGUGUUCAGCACUGUGUAUUAUACAUAAUAUUUGGUAGCUUGUAAAUGAAAUUAAAGAAUAAAGUUUUAUUUAUGGCUACCUGUGUGUUUGUAAGCAGGUAUAUUGUAUAUUAGUGUUAUCUUUUUAGUUAUAAUAUGCAAAUGAACUUUUCCUUGGGAUAAAUAUUGGGUAAUGAAUAGAUAAAUACAUUCUUUUUUUUGCUGUAAUGGUAGCCAAUUAAAAGUUUACUGUUUAACAUUUAAAUAUAUAUAUACUUUACUAAGUUGUUCAACUUAGUAUGUCAUCUAAACCUGUUUUGAAUUCAGUCAGGUUUUCAUUGAAGAGAGUGACUGAUAUUUGACUCAAAUAACCUUUUCUUAUAUUAACCUUUGGGGUUUUUUUGUGUGUGUAUUUACAAGUAAUAUAGCAAGGUGAUUAUUUCAAGUGAAAUCUGAAAAAAGUACUUGAAUAAGGGCUAUUUGUGAAACUUAAAAUGAAACAUGUAUACAUAUACAAGUUCUUCAUAUUGGAGGACAAUGUUUUGCAUUAUAUAAUCAUUCUAUUUUUGUAAAUUGUAUACCAUUUUAAUUGAAAAUGUUCUCUACUAAUCAAUGCUGUGAAAUGAAGUUGAUAUUGUUUAACUAGAAGUUGAAUAUAUUAACUGCUUUUAUUUACAUUAGUUUUUUUAAAGGGAAACUGCUAAAGAACAUUUUAUAGAUGAAAAUGUUGUUUAAGAUUAAUGAAGUAAGAUUGUGAAUGAAAAUCAAAAUCAGUGCUUUAAAGGUACUCAUGUUAUAACAACCUAUUUUUGAAUUUAUAAAAAUUUCUUUAUAAAUAAUACUUUGUUAGCAUAGUAAAAUACAUCAUUAUGUUAUGCGUAUGUUUGUUAUAGCGUCGCCAAAAAUAGUGCUUUUUAUAAGUGCCUGUCACAAAAGAUGCAGGGUGGAGGAAGAAGAAAAAAUGUUAAUAUAGCGUAUGACACUUUUAAAAAAUAUAUUGUAUUGCUCAGAUAUUACUGAGAAGAUACUCAUACUUUUCUUGUUGUCAAGUUAAAUUAUGCAUAUUGUAGGUAUCAAAAUGUAUUUAGCUUUUAGAUUUUAAGUUCUCUGCUGAGCAGAAGUCUUGUUUGGUUUUUAGGUCUUGUUAAAAAUUUGGAAAUUUUAUAUGUAUCAUCACAGCCUUUUUCAAGUAUCUGAUAUUUUAUAAUAUUCUACUAUGGUAAAGCUGCUUGUGUUUAUAUGUGUAAUUAACUGCUGAGACACAAAAGUGCUCAAAUACUAUAUGGAAAUUGUUCCUUCAAAAGGCACAUCCAAAGAAUCAUGUGGCUCUUUUGCUGAAGGUAAGUAUUAUUAUUGUUAUUUACUUUGUACUUUAAAAAGUAAGGUUAUUCAUUUCUAGUAAUGAAUCUGACUUUUUCCAAACCUGGGGAAAAAGCUUGUUUUUAUACUCUUUUGUUCUGUAGUCUUAAGAUUUAGAUCAGUGAAAUUCUUUAUGUAUAAUUUACUGGAUUAAAUAAAAUUUACAGCAAGUACUUUAAGAAUUGGAACCUCAUAGAGCUCUAAUCCGCAGCAAGUUUCACUUUAGUUCAGAUAACUCAUUUUAGUUACUUUAGUACUCUCUUCCCACUGCCCCAGAAUUACAUUUUGAAAUAAUUCAGAGUAUAUUCAAAGUAAUAGAACUUGAGACCUGUAGGAAUUCCUUAUAAAUGCACGAUUUAGGGAGACAACUAGCCACGAGUGAACCAACCUAUGGGGCCUCUCUGAUAUUUUUAUAGCAUUCAUUUAAAUACUAUAAUAAUUAUCCGCUAAAAUAAUAGUUUUCCACAUGUAAUCUCUAGACUAGCAGCUUUAGCACUAUCUAUGAACAUGUUAGAACUGAAAAUUCUUGAGCCUUACCUCAGAACAAUGGAUUUAAAAUUUUUUUGUGCGUGUUUUAACCAAGUUCUUAACACGGUUUUGAUGUCUGCUAAAGUUUGAGAGCCACUGCACUACCUGAAAAUAUUUGUAUUAUUUUGUGCACCUUAAAUUCAUGCUAUUUAGUUUAUAUUUAUUCAUGAUCCUUUUUUUGGAGGCUUUUUCUUAUUUCCCUCACUUGCAGUUUAAAGGAAGUUGGCAAAAACUUUUUUUCUUUGUUUGUAUACAUUUAUCUGAGAAUAAAGUGCAUUUUUUCUUCUAUCUGGUUUUCCAGAAGGAAGUUCAGUAUCUUUGUUUUGUGAAUCACACUUGUUAAAUGUCUUAGUCACUUUAUUCAUGGAUGAGACAAAAUCUCUGACACCCCCAACUUAAAAGAGGAGAGGUUUAUUUUGGCUCACAUUUCAGAAGUUUUAGUUUUUGAGCUGGCUCCAGGCAGAAGAGGCAUGGUGGAAGGGUCUGGCAAAGGAAGGCAACUCACCCUAUAGCAGCCAGGAAGCAGAACAAGAGAAGAAGGGAGGAGCCUAGGAAGGAAAUACAUCCUCUAGGUCAGGUCCUCAGUGACCCAUGUCUUCCUACCAGGUCCCAGAUCACUGCAGCAAGCCAGUGAGUGAUAGGGCCCUGUAAUCCAGUCACCUACAAGCCCUGCCUUUGAACACAAGAGGGUUUGUGGUACAUCCAGGUAUAAAUCAUACAUGAACUUACCUCUGGGUCCUCCUCUUUUCUCCCCAAAACACAAAAUUUGGAUGCUUGCUGGGUAAUGAGUGCAAAUAGUCUUACGGAUUUUUACUUUGGUUUACUUGUCAAAUUAAAUACUGUUUGUUGUGGCUGUGAUAACUUCAUGCAAAGUACAUAUAUUAUUAGUAUGCUAGGGUAUAACAAUAAACUGCUACACAACUUGGUGCCUUAAA